UUUCUAAUCAUCAGCUGCAAAGAUCUCAGACGUACAAUGUGAAAAUCACGGCAAGAUGACAACAGUCAGAGCCAUGCGGUCAAGCGGUAGAUUCUGGUGCAACCCCAUCUGCAUGUCUCGAGUAAACUCCGUGUAACACCAAACGAAAAUAGAGAUUGGACAAUGAGGAGUUCAAGUACAACAGCAACACAUAUAUGCAUCACAAUGGCAUUGUGCUUCUCCUCACAACUCUACUACAUAUAUGCCCAAACAGCGACACAUUUUCAGACACCUUUUCCGACACCAGUACCCUGAGAAGCGGCAUAGCAACCACAGACUUCGCACCCCAAACCACCAAAAACACCGAGUUCGUCGCUCUCCAAACCCUUCUCGAGACGCCAGAAUUAGGUCCUUCGACAUCAUCAAGCACCAAUGAAACAAUCGUCGAAUCACAAUCUAUUUUACGCAGAAACAAGAGAAGGAAGACCUACUGGGUAAUUGGAUUGACAGUGUUUGGGAGUGUUAUAGUAUUGACGGCUAUACUUUCUGUGGUGCUUGGACCGAAACGUGUGUCUGAAUAGGCAUAUGCUUGAAAAUCUUUGAGCUCCAAAAACCAGGAUUGAGACGCAGUCCGACAAUUACAUAUGCGACUUGAUGGCUCCGUGUUCUCUCGUGAGCUCGUCGCUCUUCACACACCUC